UUGGACUCGGAUAUCACCAUGUCUGUUACCCAAUCAUCUGCUUGUAUAGAUGGAACAUGUGUAGAUCCAAGUUGUCGUUGCCGAGUUCGCAACUUUCCUCAUGCCAUGUAUAACUUCGUCGGAAACGCUUUCCAUUACCCCAACAACAGCGAGUUCAGUUACAUUGGUGGACCAACAACUGCUGCCUGGCCACACUAUGAUUCCCGUUUAGCUUCAAUGAAUCGUUUCAAUCCCAUUGGUCCAUUAACUAGUAGCCCAUUAGCUGUCAGUCAGCCUGGACGAUCACGCAAACGCAGAAACCUUUUCACACAACAACAGGUUAUUGAAUUGGAGAAAGCUUUCAAGAUCAACAAGUAUCUUACUUCACAAAGCCGUGAAGAAUUAGCCCGAGCUAUAGGAUUAACAUCUACCCAGGUCAAAAUUUGGUUCCAAAACCAACGUUAUAAGCACAAGAGAAAUGAACGCGAUAGACGAUUGGCAUCUGGAGAACCAAGUUUGAACGGAACUGGAGAUGAAAGCGUAUCCCCCCAUUCCCAUACAAGUGGAACAGAAAGUCCACAAGCUACAUCAAUCGAUAUCAAAUCAGAUGUUGAGCCAAUGGAAAAGUCAUCUACCGUAUUCUCCUCUACAAGCAUCAAUGAUUCAUCGUGUUUACCCGAAAUCGGACUCUAUCCUCAGAUUUAUCCAUCAAAUGGUAGUUACAAUCCUCAGUUCCUGUCUUUCCCACCAUCAGAUUUCCCACCUUCAAAUUUCUAUCCUCAUCCCUUCACCACAACAACCAAAUUUUGA